AUGAAUACAACAGCCGAUCCAUGCAAUGACUUUUUUCAAUAUGCUUGCGGCCGAUGGAUUCAUGAAAAUCCGAUACCGGAUGAUCAAUCCGGAUACGGAACAUUUGUAAUAACCACAAACAUUGUACGAAAACAAAUGAAAGCAUUAUUAGAAUCAAAUGAAACGAUCACACCAAAAUGCAUUGAUAUGGCUCGUAUUCUUUAUAAAGCAUGUAUGAGUGUUGAAAAAUUAGCACUGUUAAAACUGAGCAAUUAA